CUUCGCACUGCGCAUGCGCGUCCGUCCGGCGCAUGUUGAUGACACUGGCGCAACAUGGCGGUGCUGCUGGAAACAACGCUUGGGGAUAUCGUGAUCGAUUUAUACACAGAAGAGAGGCCGAAAGCGUCGCUGAACUUCCUGAAACUGUGCAAAAUCAAGUAUUACAACUACUGUCUGGUUCACAAUGUUCAGAGAGAUUUCAUCAUUCAGACGGGUGACCCCACCGGCACGGGGCGAGGAGGAGAGUCUGUGUUCUGCAAGCUGUAUGGCGACCAGGCACACGUUUUUGAACCUGAGAAGAUGCCUAGGAUCAAGCAUAGAAAGAAGGGGACGGUGUCUAUGGUGAACAAUGGCAGCGACCAGCAUGGCUCUCAGUUUCUGAUCACCACAGCAGAGAAUCUGGAUUAUCUGGAUGGUGUUCACACUGUGUUUGGAGAGGUCUCGGAGGGUAUGGACGUGCUUGCUAAAAUCAAUGAGACCUUUGUAGACAGCGACUUCAUCCCUUACCAGGACAUCAGUGGUCGGAUUGGAGCAGAUGAGGUGAUAAACGAUGAAGAGGGGAGAGACGCUGAGGAGCUGGAUGAACAGAUAAAGGACAAGGAAGCAAAGACGCAAGCCAUUUUACUAGAGAUGGUGGGCGAUCUGCCAGACGCAGAUAUUAAACCUCCAGAGAACGUGCUGUUUGUGUGCAAGCUGAACCCAGUGACCACAGAUGAAGAUCUAGAGAUCAUCUUCUCACGUUUCGGAGCCAUUAAAUGUUGUGAGAUCAUCAGAGACUGGAAAACAGAAGAAUCCUUGUGCUAUGCUUUCAUUGAGUUUGAAAAGGUGGAGGAUUGUGAGAAAGCGUACUUCAAAAUGGACAAUGUCCUGAUAGAUGACCGUCGCAUUCAUGUGGACUUCAGCCAGUCAGUGUCUAAGAUCAAAUGGAAAGGCAAAGGUGGGAAGUACACCAAGGAAGAUUUUAAGGCCUACGAGAAAGACCUGGACAACAAAUCCAAACUGGCUUUGAAAGACAAUGUCAAAAGCAAGCAGGACUCCCGUUAUGAGCUUCUCUUAGAUGAAGAUGAGGAUGAGAGACGGAAGGACGACAGAGAGAAAAGAGACCGGAAACGGCAUUCAGACGAGAGGCCCAAGGACAAAAAGUCAAAGGAUCGUGAUGAGAGUCGGAGAGAAAAGGAUAAAGGCAGACAGCGUUCACGUUCAAGAGAGCGAGAGAGACACAAGGAGCGCGAGAGGGGCUGGGACAAGGGAAGAGAGAAGGAGAAACAGAGAGACCGAGGCAGAGAGAGAGACGGCGAGCACAAACGCUACAGAAGAGAUCGCAGCCGCAGUCGCAGCCCUAAGAGAUCAAAGUAUUACAGCUGACCACCAUAACUGUUACUGUGUGUCAACAGAGCGGGUUUCCUAAGAACUUCCUGAUUUCAACUGUGAACGAUGUUAAAAAACACCUUAUGAUUCAUUUUUUACAUGUAAAGUCAAAUCUGUCCAUUUGUUUGCAAAUCUAGGCAAUGUUUGUGAAGUUCUAAAAGGUUUGUGGAGUUGUUGAUGCAUAUAUAUAUGGACUGCAGGUGGAGGUGAAAAUGGAAUAAAAUCAGUGACAGAGUUGUGCUCAGCUAAGACUGUCAUGCAAUUGAGUCGUUACAAGUGAACUCAUUUCUUGUUGGUUAAGACGUUUCGACAGAAAUAUUUCAGCAUUUAUAACUGAACUUCAGUGGUGAGCUGUCUGGCACUGUACAAAUCCUACUGUGGUGAAGGCUUAGCUCAUGAAUAUUAAUCUGGGUGAAUUCAUGCAAAGGGGGCCACUUUAUAUUACAUUUGUGAUUAACCCAGAUGUUCCUUUCCUUUUCUUUAUUAUCUUUGAGAUUCAGCUGUAAUAUUUUCAUUUGAAUUCACAGCAUUUUGAUGAAAGUCAAAUUAAAAAAAGUGACUAACACAUGCAACUAAUAGGCUAAGAAAAAACGAAAGAAGAAAAUGUUAUUGUCAAACCUUAUAAAGCUGUAUUUCACUUCUCGCAUACUUUUUUUUUAAACUC